UAAGCAAGUAACAUUUCACGCUGGCUAGUGUGCUUAUGCGUAAGAGGAUAAUUUAUGGCAAAAAUAAUGAUGUGUCUGAAGAUGCGACAGAUGUAUUUUAUUAUUAUUAUGAUUUAGCUAACUAUCAUUGAAUAAAUGGCCAACGACUGCGCUUUUGCAUCUGGAGUAAAGUUAGCUUGGUCGCUAACUGGCUAGCAGCCAUCCAGUAAGCGCGAGCCUCUGCGGAGGGUGGUCUGUGUCCUGUGAUUCCGGACAUCGAGUACUGGAGUCCAGUGCUGGAGUCCGACGACCCUCUUUGGUUCCCGGCUUGUGAGCGAGGUAAUCGGACAACCCCAUCUUCUUCACCUCCUCCACCUAUUCCAGGUGGGGGAGAGGAUGGCCUCCUUCCUCCAUGUCCCCCUGCUGGGGUUGCUGCUGGUGGCUGUGGCCCCUGGGUGUUGGGCAGGAGACUGUAAGGGCCACAGACAGGUGCUCAGGGGCCCCCCAGGGUACGUCACUGACGGGCCAGGGAACUACUCUGUAAACGGAAACUGCGAGUGGCUCAUCAAAGCCCCCAGCAGCAAUUACCGUAUCGUCCUGAACUUCACCUUCAUGGAGACAGAAUGCACCUACGAUUACCUGUUCGUCUACGAUGGAGACUCCUACCAGAGCCCCCUACUGGCCAGUCUGAGUGGCACCACCCUGCCGCAGCCCAUAGAAGCCAAGUCUGGCAAGAUGCUGCUCCACCUCUUCAGCGAUGCCAACUACAACCUCUUGGGCUUCAAUGCCACCUACUCGUUCUCUGUGUGCCCUGGGGCCUGUGGAGGUCACGGGCGCUGUGACACGGCCUCCUCCCUGUGCCAGUGCCACCUGGGCUGGGGAGAAGCCGAUUGCAGCACCCCUCUAUGUCCCCAGGCCUGCAUCCUGCACGGCACCUGUGACAAGAGAGGAGAGCGUUGUCUAUGCAGCUCGGACUUCCUGGGCCAGAGCUGUCAGCUGGGUCUCCGUGAUGACAGUGGGGUGGGGCAGUGGUGGCAGGUGAGUGGGGGCGACCCCUACACGCCCCCCCGGACCGGCUCUGCUGGGGUCUACCUGUCCUCCACUGGAGCCAUGUACCUGUUUGGAGGGUUUGACUUGAACCGAGCUUUGGGGGACCUGGUUAAAUACAACUUCAGCUUGAACCAAUGGGAGAACAGAUCUUAUGGACACUCCCCAGCGGCUCGUCACUCCCACACGGCAGUAGAGUGGAAGGGGAACAUGGUGAUCUUCGGAGGAGAGCUCACGAGCGGCGCUUUAGCCAGCGACGUCUGGAUGUACUGCCCAAUCCAGGAUGACUGGCAGCAGCUCGGCCAAUCCCAUUCGCCCGGGGCACCGAGGGUGGCCAACCAUGCAGCAGCUGUAGUGGACAACUAUCUCUACAUAUUUGGAGGUCGUACGGAAGAGGAUAUGUUCUCAUCAUCUCUGUAUCGGUUUGGUCUGCGGGAGUCUGGGGUGUGGGAAGCGGUGCAGCCCACCGGGGGGAAGCCCCCCGCCACUGCAGGCCACUCCAUGGUGUUCCACCCCCUGUCCCGGGCCCUGCUGGUUUACGGGGGCCACAGGCCUACCACCGCCAGGUUCAGUGUACGUGUGAACUCCACAGAUGUAUUCCACGUGGACCGGAGGUUCUGGACCUCGUUCCGCUCCCGUUUCCCAGCCACAGGCCCCAGAGAGAGAGCCUUCCACUCAGCCACCAUCAUCGGAAACUACAUGGUGGUCUAUGGGGGGAAUGUGCACAUCCACUACCAGGAGGAGAAGUGUUAUGAUGAGGAAAUCUUCUUCUACCACCUGGGAUGUCACCAGUGGGUGUCUGCUGGGGAGAGCCUCCAACACAGAGGAGAGGCUGUGAGAGGGCGGUACUCCCAUGUAGCUGCUGUGAUGGAAGGCAGGGUGCUGCUGGUUGCCGGGGGUUACAGUGGUAUUGCCCGUGGAGACCUGGUGGCGUACAAAGUUCCGCUGUUCGUGAGCAGCGACCCAGGAGACCGGGAUGCUGUGUGUGCCGAGGCACCAGACGAGAGCGUGUGUCUGAAGAACCCAGAAUGCAGCUGGUGUGAGGGCCGCUGUCGGGAGUACCAACCCACCAACCCGUGUGGCAGCACAGGGUGCCUGGGCCUGGCCCGCUUCCUGUCUGACUGCCAGUCCUGCCUGGUGUUCAGUGGGGCUCCAGGUUCCCUGCCCCGUGCCCCCGGUGACUUCGGCUGGUGUGUCCAGAACGAGUCCUGCCUACCUGUGUCAGAUCAAAGUGCUUGCCGUGUGGACCAGAUCUCAGGGGCGUACGGCUGGUGGGGGGAGCGUACCCGUUUCCUCACCUCACUCCUUUCCUGUCGCACUGAGAACUAUGUCCCGGGACUGCACCUGCUCACCUUCCAGAACCCCCGCAACGACUCCCAGCCUGACAAGGUGUCCAUCCUGCGCAGCACCUCCAUCAUCCUCAGCCCAACCACAGAGAUGGACGUCACCUUGCAGUUCCGGGGUUUCAUCCAUCCCCUGUGGGGUGCCCCUCCACCUGCGCCCCCUCCCACCGAGACAGUCUCAAUGUGGGCCCGGAUACAGAGGCUACACUUUGAGGCCCGCAUGGCCGCUGGACCCAACUCCCUGAAACUGAAGGAGGUGGUAGGUCGCUGGGCAGCUCACCAGGAGAAGGAGACGAAGCUGCUGUCCCGUCCUGACAUGGGUCGUCUGUUUCCCAACCUGACCCGAGGGAACCGCUACCUGGUCCAGGCCGAGGGAUACCUCAACAACUCAGGCUCUGGACAGACCAGUGAGAUGGCUCUGACCUGGAACAGAACCGCCCUGCCCGGUGGAAGUGAGAUUUCCUUCCUGUUCUUGGAGCCGUACCGUUCUGGCUCUUGCUCGGGGUACCAGUCUUGCUUGGCCUGUCUGUCAGACCAGUCCUGUGGCUGGUGCCCGUCUCUGGGCCGCUGUCUGUUCCGUGCCCUACCUGACCUGGAGCUCUGCCCAGAGGACAUGGGGGGAGGGGAGUGCCACCUGCUGCUGGCCCCGCCACAAUGCACCCUCUGUGAGGAGUACAGGGACUGCUCCGCCUGCACUCAGGACCCCUACUGUGAGUGGCAGAUCAACUCCAGCAAGAAGGGUGAUUACCAAUGCAGCCGACGGGGGAAACUGGAUGGAUCCAUUCGCGACCCAGGGGGGUGCCCUAAAGUCUGCAACCAGAGGAGGACGUGUGGGGAGUGUCUGUCUAACUCCAGUCAGUGUGCGUGGUGUGAGUCGGCCCAGGCCUGCUUCUACUUCGCUGCCUACCUCACCAAGUAUCCCUACGGAGAGUGCAGGGACUGGUAUGACAGUGUUCACUCAGUGCCCCAGUGUAAGCAGUGCUCAGCUCUGGUCACCUGUACAGACUGUCUCCAGACGUUUCAGUGCGGCUGGUGUGGAGACUACAACAACCCCACCAUCGGCAGGUGUCAACGAGGAGACUGGGGAGGGAUGGACGACCCCUCUGUGUAUAACUGCAGUGUGGCUGUGGAUGAAGUACGGGCUACCAGUCCUGAGCCCCAGACCUUGGCCCCCCCGCGACCCAUGGAGAUGGAGCACCUGGAGGAGGGGGAGAGGGACCCAGUCUGGUCCUACCCCAGCUGUCCCGAUGUGGAGGAGUGCAGGCUGGGCCUCCACAGCUGCCACCCCUUCGCCACCUGCGUCAACACCCCCACCUCCUUUGAGUGCCACUGUGAGAGGGGCUACACCGGGGACGGCACCCUACACUGCAACCAGACUUGUUAUAAUGAGUGUCGUGAGGGCCAGUGCAGCGGCAGCCCGCUGUUCGAGUGUGAGUGUUCCCUGGGCUGGACAUCUGACCCAGCAACCCUGGUGCUGAGCGGGGUGGAGUGUGACGUGGACUGUGGCUGUAACUUCCACAGCACCUGUAUCACCGCCCCAGGCAUCUGUGACCACUGCCAGGAUUGGACAAUGGGUCUCCAGUGUGAGCACUGUCGACCAGGGAGUUUUGGUUCUGCGCUGGGCGGGGGCUGUGUGCCCUGCCAGUGUAACGGCCAUGGAGGCCCACUCCUGGGCUACUGCCACAACCAGACAGGCCAAUGCUACUGCACACACCACACCCAGGGACCACACUGUGAAUCCUGCUUGCCUGGAUACUACGGAGACCCCAGGAAUAAUGGCACCUGUUUCCGUCAGUGUCAGGGGCGCUCUGUGAUCCUGUCCCACCAGUCACCCCUCUCUGAGCUCCCCAUCUCGUCCUCCCUGGGGUGGCGAGGGGGUGUCGGGGGGAAGGGGGGACUCUCCCACUGUCUGUGGGUCCUGUCUGUCUCUGAGAACCUGGCCCCCUGUGUGCCGGGCGAGCUGUGCCCUCCUGUGGCUCUCACCCUGCACCCAGACUCCCACACACAGUGCACUAGCUCCUACGUUUACGUGUUUGACGGCCUGCCUCGUUUCUUGAGCAACGGGGUGGUGCACUCGGACCACAACCUGAUUGGCGCGUUCUGUGGGACGACCCGGACUCAGCCAAUCACUGUGGAGGCCACUUCAGGUGUGAUCUCUGUGUACUUUGAGGCCAACGUCUCAUCCGACCGCCCUCAGGGUUUCAACGCCUCCUUCUGGGUGCGGCGCUGUCGCCAGGGUUCUGAGGCGGGGGAGGAUGGGUCACCCGUAUGCCAGGGAGGCGCGCAGUGCAGCGGGGGGCUGUGCCAGUGUACUCAGGGGUACGGGGGACCGCACUGCGACAGGCCCCUCUGUCCCGAGGGCUGUGGGCUAGCAGAGGGCCGAGGCUCCUGUAACUUGUCUCUGGGAGUGUGUGUGUGUGCAGACGGUUGGGGCGGCUCUGACUGCUUCACUCCUCUGGACUCCAGCAGCCUAGUUUGGGAAACCCUACUGGACACACAGCUCACAGCGAACCAGGCCCACAGGUUCCUCCACCGGAUGGGCCAUUCUCUAGUGUCUGGACCCCAGGGGAACCUCUGGAUGUAUGGAGGCCUCUCUCUCUCAGAGGGCAUCCUGGGAAACGUCUACAGGUACUCUGUGUUGGAGCGGCGCUGGACUCAGAUGCUGACCAGCUCAGUGGAGGAAGGCUCCACCCCCAGCCCCCGUUACCACCACGCCUCUGCCCUUCUGGCCAGUCACGAGCCUCUCUCCGGCGCCCAGGGAGCUACUCACAACCUCAUGCUGGUGGUGGGCGGUGUCACGCAGAAGGGCGUCGCCGUGGAUACGUGGAGCCUCAACCUCAGCAGUCUGGUGUGGCGACAGCACAAGAGCUCAGUGCUGCCACCGGUGGCAGGUCAUACUCUAACGGUGCGUCGGGACUCCUCUAUGCUGCUCAUCGGAGGUUACUCUCCAGAGAACGGCUUCAACCAUCACCUGCUGGAGUUCAACAUCCACUCUGGCAACUGGACCGUCGCCCCCCACACCGGCACACCUCCUACAGGUCUGUAUGGCCACUCGGCUGUGUACCAUGAGCAGACGGACGCCGUGUACGUGUUCGGAGGCUACCGCUUCCACGUGGAGACAGUGGAGCCCUCAGGAGAGCUCUACAGUCUCUACUAUGCCAACCUCGCCUGGUCCCUACUGGUCCCCUCACAGGGGAAUAAGCCCCUGUCUCGUUUCUUCCACGCAGCAGCCCUGAUAAAAGACACCAUGGUGAUCGUGGGAGGGAGGACAGGAGUGGAGGACUACAGCAACACGGUGUCUCUGUACCAGAUCAACUGUAACACCUGGAUACAGCCAGGUGUGAGUGAGGGAGUGUGUCCCCAGAGAAACAGCAGCUGGUCCUUCCUCCACUGCCCAGAGGAGGAUGAGUGUGCCAACGGCCACCACCACUGUAACAUCACCCAGGACUGCCAUGACCUGACCCAGGGAUACCACUGCACCUGCAAGCAGGGCUACGUUCUCAGCCGUGUGUCAGGCCAGUGUGAGCCGGUCUGUGCUCAGGGCUGUGUCAACGGGACCUGUGUGUCCCCGGGAGUGUGUCAGUGUCACUUUGGCUUUGUGGGGGACAACUGCUCGUCUCAGUGUCGCUGUAACAAACACAGCAACUGUAAAGGAGUGUCUGAGCCUGACAAGUGUCUGGAGUGUAAAAACAACACUAUGGGUGAUCACUGUGAGAAGUGUAAGCCCCUGUAUGUGGGGUCGGCGGUGGGUGGGGGGACAUGUCGCCCCUGUCGGGAGUUCUGCAGGGGGAACAGCGCAGUGUGUCUGUCCCGGGACGAACACAAGAGGGCGCUAGACCACCCACAAGACCACCGUCUGGACCCAGACAGUAUUGUUCAGUGGGUGUCGGAGGGUCCUACAGAGGACUCAGCGGUUUGUGUGAGCUGCCAGAACAACAGCGUGGGGGACAAGUGUGAGAGCUGCCUCAGCGGCUACUUCCUACUGCAGGGGAACUGUGACAAGUGUCAGUGUAACGGCCAUGCAGACACGUGUAAUGAACAUGACGGCACAGGCUGCCCAUGCCAGAACAACACAGAGACCUCUUCCUGCCUCAGCAGCCCACAGAGCGACAGGAAGGACUGCUACAGAACACAGUGCGCCAAGUGCAAAGACUCCUUCAAUGGCACACCGGUAAACGGGCGCCAGUGUUACCGGCAGUUCAACGUGGACAAUGAGUGCUGCUUCGACCCCACCUCUCAGACAAACUGCUUCCACGACCCCACCAUCCGCAAUUUGCCCAAGGGACGCACCGUCUUCUUCGCUGCCCAGCCAAAGUUCACCAACGUGGACAUCCGGGUCACCAUCGACGUGACCUUCGGGGAGGUGGAGGUUUACGUGUCCAACUCCCAUGACACCUUCAUCGUAGAAGUGGACCUCCACACAGGCAUCCACGCCAUCAAGAUCGAGGACGAGUCGGCGGCCCGAGGUGGGGCGAGCGGGGGGGAUAAGGAGACGCCUCCAUCACCUAUGAAGGUGUAUGCCAACUCCUCAUCCAGCCUGGGUGGGCCCAUGCUCCCCAACACCCCCCUGCAGCUCCACGCCAAGCCCCAGGGGGCGGACAGGGAGGUACGGGAGGCCAAGACGGAGGGGCUCAUCUCCUACAUCACGGUGUGGAAGCCCCAGACGGUGCUGAUUGUUCGAGGUGUCCGUGACCGCGUGGUCAUCACCUUCCCCCAUGAGGUCCACUCCCUGAAGUCCAGCCGCUUCUACAUCGCCCUGCGCGGUGUAGGCACAGAUGAGAGACGGGGCGAGUCCCAGGGCCUGCUCUUCCUCCGCCAGGACCAGGCCCACAUCGACCUGUUCGUCUUCUUCUCUGUUUUCUUCUCCUGCUUCUUCCUCUUCCUCUCCGUCUGUGUCCUCCUCUGGAAGAUCAAGCAGUUCAUGGACUUCCGCCGAGAGCAGAGGCGUCAUAUCCAGGAAAUGACCAAGAUGGCGUCCAGGCCCUUCGCCAAGCUCACCGUCUAUUUGGAGCCAGAGGAGCCCCAGCUCAUCUACCUGCCCUCCACAGGGGGCGGAGGGGUGGGGGGCAGUGCCGUGUCCCUGGCCCAUGCACGCACAGGCAAGCUGGGGGGCGUUGUAGUUGGCCAGAGGGGGCGAGCUGGAGCCGUCUCCUACAAACACGAGCCAGGCUCCGGCCCCACCGUCCACCACCACCACCACCUUACCCUGGGUGGAGGGGGCAACAGUGGGCAACAUCUGCCCCUGCAUUACCUCAACACCCACCACUAUGUCCCCACCAACACCACGGCCUCACACCACCACCACCACCCAUCCUCCCACAGCGGCUACCAGCACUUCUGCCGCUCCGACCCCUUCCUCUCCCAGCUCAUGGGCUUCUCCUACUCCACCUUCAAAGUGGGGCCAAUCACCCUGGAGCCCACGGACGAUGGCAUGGCCGGGGUGGCCACGGUCCUCAUCCAGCUGCCGGGGGGCAUCCUGGCCCCUAAUCGCGCCUGCCUGGGGUCCGCCCUGGUCACACUACGGCAGAACCUCCAGGAGUACUGUGGUCACGGCAAUGGAGGGGGACACCCCGGGGCGGGAGGGGGGCGCAAAGGCCUGCUAGGGCAUCAGCACCUCACCACCAUGGCUAUGUAGAGGGGGAGGGGGGGAGAAAGUGGAUGAGAGAGAGGGGUAUGUGGUGGGGUGGUAAUAACAUGUUAAGAGGUUAGAAGAGAGAUGGGGAGUUACGUGAAAAAGGCCAUACAGGAGAAAGUUGUAUAAGAGCCUGUUGAAGUUGAUAGGAUCAUACCUGUAUUUACACUGUUUCAAUAUUGAUUGUCUUUUAUUCCGUUAUGUAUCGCUUUAUUUCAAACUCUAUACGUGAAUAGAAUGCACUACAACUGCACGUUAUAUCAGCUCAACCAUUCAGUUGCAUCCUGUCUGCGUCCGCUAUUGAGCUAUGAGUGCAGCCGACAACCAGACGCAUAGACAGACUUUUGCUGCACUGUCGUUUUUUUGGAAUGACCAAUAAAAGUAGGGAUGAUAACUACUGGCGUUGGAACCAACAUGUGCUUUAUACCCCAAAAAGUAGCAAUCAAACAUUGCCAUUAAAAACAAGAGAUAGAAGGCUUAGUCCACCUGGAUGUGCAACAUCGAAUUGACAGGAUAGGAUUAAAGAAAGUGAUGCUUGUUUGUCAGAUGUUUUUUAUAUCAUGGCAGUAAUGAUGAGUGAUGUUAAUAUAUGGCAGGCUUUUAAGCUACGUGUCUGUUUAUUAACUCAAAACCCUAAGUAUAUAUUUGUACAUGUUCAUUCACACGACCUGUUACAUGGUUCUUUAUCGGUUUCUGUUGUAUUUGUUCUCUGCUCGUCUGUCUUCAGUUCUUAUGCAUUUGUGAACUCCCAGGACUACACUAAACAAUCCUGUUGUGUAUCGUCUCCACUUUUGACACAUUUCAUGUCUGUUUUAAAUAGAUUUAGUUACAAAUGAAGGAUUUAACUAGGUUAUCAGACUUCUGUCCCUGUAGCCAUUUUGUGAGUGAAUAACAUAACACACUAUGUAUUGUUUAGUUUCUAAGGCUUUUAUUUCAGUUCUUUGAUAUGAACUGUAUGUUAACUUUUAUGGUUUUGUUUUUAGCUCUUUUGAUUGGAUGAUUUUUAUCAGCCAAUGAGGGCUAUGAUUAGAACUGAAUUAACUUUUUGGAUUUGUCUUGUUACAAAUGGAACAAGAAAACAAUUACAGUAUGUGGAACAAAAAAAAUUAUGGAAAUUGUCAGAUUAUAAUGGAGACAAAGGAAAGCGACAAGAUAUGUGCAAAGCUACAUCUUCCUGGUGAAAGAUAACAUGAAUGAAAAAGGUGUUUUAUUUUCAA